AUUUAAAGUAACUCUAAAAUUCUUCCACUCACCCCACAAGUACAACAAUAUGAUAUAGAUUCUACCAAGAGUACUCCUUAAAACACACCAUCUAUCCAAUUCUAUCUCAUAUUCUCAUUCACCUCUCCCAAAAACCUCCAUUUUCGAUCUUAACAACCCCCCUUUUCUCAAAUUCUGUAUCUCUCAAACCCUUUGAUUCUCCAACUGAAUUAUGACGAUUGGUUCUGGCGGAUCCAGCGUUGUCGUUCCCAGAAACUUUAGGUUGCUAGAAGAGCUUGAGCGUGGUGAGAAAGGUAUUGGAGACGGGAGUGUCAGCUAUGGGAUGGAUGACAGUGAUGAUAUCUACAUGCGUUCUUGGACGGGAACUAUAAUUGGUCCUCACAACAGUGUACAUGAAGGCCGCAUUUAUCAAUUGAAGCUCUUUUGUGACAAAGACUAUCCGGAGAAACCUCCAAGUGUGCGCUUCCAUACCCGGGUCAACAUGACUUGUGUGAAUCCUGAGUCUGGAGUGGUUGAACCGAAAAAGUUUAGUAUGCUGGCAAAUUGGCAGAGAGAUUGCACUAUGGAAGACAUCCUGACUCAGCUGAGGAAAGAAAUGGCUGCACCCUACAAUCGGAAACUUGUUCAACCUCCAGAAGGCACCUAUUUCUAGCUGAACCUUGGUUUCCUAUCUUUACAAGUUGGGAAGACUUGUAAACCUAUUCAGUACAUAGUUUAAUUGUGUCUUCACUUGAUAUCGAACAAGUCCUAACGGAACAAAAAAUUCCGGUAUUGUGUGCUUGUGCUUAUUGAUGUCUUGAAUCGAAUUAUGUAUUGUGUUCGUGUAAGACAGUUUUGUAAGACUCGAAAUGUGAAAUUCUUAGAGGACUGAAGUUGCUGAUUCUCUGUUUCUGAUA